AUUUCAAUUUUCAAAUGACGUAUUUUCGUAUUCUAUGCUGAUGUAAGUACAUGUGUCUUUCAGAAAACCGCAUUUAAAAAGUGAUAGUGCAUUUGAAUACCAGUGAAAUAGUGAAUUAAAAAAAUGAGUGACAAUAAAGAAAAACCAGAAAGCAAAAAUGAAAAAUCCAAAUCAAAGAAAAACAAGCAACUGGCUCAAAAUGGAGGUGAUUCAACUGCAGCCAAAGAACUUAAGCCUCGUCCAGAAUUUAUCGAUAACAGGUUAGCAAUAUGGGAUAAAUUAAAAGCCCAGUAUGAAGCUGAAUUGGCACAAAAACCAGAAGAAUCUAUCAAAGUUACUUUACCAGAUGGCAAAAUAAUUGAGGGUGUCAGCUGGAAAACUACACCAUAUGACAUUGCUAAAGGAAUCAGCCAAGGUUUGGCUGAUAAUACAGUUAUUGCAAAAGUUAAUGACGUCUUAUGGGAUUUGGACAGGCCCUUAGAAGUAGAUUGUACUUUGCAGUUGUUAAAAUUCGACGAUGAAGAGGCACAAGCGGUUUUCUGGCAUUCAUCGGCCCAUGUACUUGGAGAAGCUCUGGAGAGAAUAUAUGGUGGUUGUCUUUGUUAUGGACCUCCCAUUGAUUCUGGUUAUUAUUAUGAUAUGUUCUUAGACAGUAAAGGUAUAUCUCAGACUGAUUUUCCUGUAGUUGAAAGCUUAAUGAAGAACAUUGUCAAAGAAAAGCAGCCAUUUGAAAGACUUGAAAUGAAAAAAGAAGAUCUGAUAGAAAUGUUCAAAUAUAACGAGUUCAAGCAAAGAAUUCUCAAAGAAAAAGUGACCACUCCAACCACUACUGUUUACAGAUGUGGCCCUCUGAUAGACUUAUGUAGAGGACCUCACAUCAGACAUACUGGAAAAAUCAAAGCACUCAAAGUUACCAAAAACUCUUCUACCUAUUGGGAGGGAAAAGCUGAUGCUGAGACUCUUCAGAGGGUGUAUGGUAUAAGUUUUCCAGAUCCAAAGAAACUUAAAGAAUGGGAACAUCUACAAGAAGAAGCAGCAAAGAGAGACCAUAGAAAAAUUGGAAGAGAACAAGAAUUGUUUUUCUUCCAUGAGUUAUCACCAGGUUCGUGUUUCUUCCAACCCAAAGGAGCUCAUAUUUACAACACUUUAAUGAGCUUCAUUAAAGAACAAUACAGAAAAAGAGGUUUUGAAGAAGUAAUUUCUCCGAAUAUGUACAAUGUGAAACUAUGGCAGACUUCUGGGCAUUGGAGCCAUUAUGAAGAAAAUAUGUUUUCUUUUGAUAUAGAAAAAGAGAAGUUUGCGUUAAAGCCUAUGAACUGUCCAGGUCAUUGUCUAAUGUUUGAUAAUCGUGUAAGAUCCUGGCGAGAACUUCCUCUUCGUUUGGCAGAUUUUGGAGUACUUCAUAGAAAUGAGCUUUCAGGAGCCCUAACUGGUCUUACUAGAGUACGAAGAUUCCAACAGGAUGAUGCCCACAUUUUCUGUACUUCGGAACAUAUUAGGGAUGAAAUACACAAAUGCUUAGAUUUUGUAAGUUUUGUGUAUUCUGCUUUUGGAUUUACGUUUGAGCUUUGCCUGUCAACUAGACCAGAAAAGUUUAUUGGUGAAGCAGAAUUAUGGGAUUCUGCAGAAAAAGCUUUAGCUGAUAGUUUGGAUAAAUUUGGUGUACCAUGGAAGAUGAAUCCAGGAGAUGGUGCUUUCUAUGGGCCUAAAAUUGAUAUCACUGUUAAGGAUGCUUUAAAACGAGCUCACCAAUGUGCAACUAUUCAACUGGAUUUCCAGCUACCCAUAAGAUUUAACUUGUCUUAUGUCAGUGAUAGUGGAGAAAAGAAGAGGCCAGUGAUGAUUCACAGAGCUAUUCUUGGUUCAGUAGAAAGAUGUAUAGCUGUUUUGACUGAGUCAUUUGCUGGCAAAUGGCCUUUCUGGCUAUCUCCAAGGCAAGCUAUGGUUAUUCCAGUUGGUCCUACUUAUGAUGAAUAUGCAGGACAAGUUAGGGAUAAACUAUUCAGUGCAGGAUUUAUGGUGGAAGUCGAUACUGAUGCAGGUGAUACUAUGAAUAAGAAAAUCCGAAACGCCCAGCUGGCUCAAUUCAACUUCAUCCUGGUUGUUGGCGAAAAGGAGAGAUCUAGCAAUACAGUAAAUGUCCGUACCAGAGAUAAUGUGGUCCAUGGAGAGUAUUCGUUGGAUACUUUGGUUGAGAAGUUUAACAAGUUUAAAGAGAAUUUCAUUAAAACUGAAAAUGAAUUUUAGAAUUCUUAAAUUAUCCGAAUGUUUCAAUCGGAUGUAUGAUAUCAUUUGUUAGAUAGUAGGCAUACACUAUUUAUUAAACUCUGAACAUACUUUUUUUAAAACAUUGAUGCAAAGAAAUUUGGUGCAAGAAUGUUUGCUGUAUUACUUUUUUUACCUAUUUAUGAUUUAUUUAAUAAAUGUUAUUAAACAAA